AAUAAUAUCUCGAGACACUCUUCACCAGCUGAUUACAGUAGUGCGGACGUGUACAUGAAGUCCUUUUAAUAUUAUUUUUCUGCUGUAAUUUUUAGUCGGAUUUCAUUCAUUCUUGUUUAUUAUAAAGACAGCUUUACAACUAGAGCAAUGACCACCGUUGAGGAACUAAAGCUGCGAAUCCGCGAGUUAGAAAAUGAAUUAAUCAAGUCAAAGCAGAAGCAAAGUGAUGCUGAAAAUCAUCUCAGACCAAAGAUUGAGCAAAUGAGUGCGGAAGUCAUAGAUUCAAAUCCAUACAGUCGUCUGAUGGCUCUGAAACGAAUGGGUAUAGUGCAGGACUAUGAGAAAAUCCGCUCGUAUGCUGUAGCAGUUGUGGGAGUCGGAGGGGUGGGGAGUGUCACCGCAGAAAUGCUCACCAGAUGUGGCAUUGGUAAGUUACUGCUGUUUGACUAUGAUAAGGUGGAGCUGGCCAACAUGAACCGCCUCUUCUUUCAGCCACACCAGGCAGGACUUAGUAAAGUCCAAGCCGCUGAACACACACUUAGGUACAUUAAUCCAGAUGUUGCAUUCGAAACCCACAAUUACAACAUCACCACGAUGGACAACUUCACACAUUUCAUGGACCGCAUAAGUCAUGGUGGUCUUGAGGAGGGGAAGCCUGUAGAUUUGGUGCUGAGUUGUGUUGAUAACUUUGAAGCUCGGAUGGCCAUUAACACAGCAUGUAAUGAGUUGGGUCAGAUCUGGAUGGAGUCGGGUGUCAGUGAGAAUGCCGUUUCUGGACAUAUUCAGCUCAUUAUACCUGGAGAAACUGCCUGUUUUGCUUGUGCUCCUCCCCUCGUGGUGGCUGCGAAUAUUGAUGAGAAGACAUUAAAGAGAGAGGGAGUUUGUGCGGCAAGUCUACCCACCACAAUGGGAGUGGUCGCUGGACUUCUUGUACAGAAUGUCCUCAAGUAUCUGCUGGGCUUUGGUACAGUGAGUUAUUACCUAGGCUAUAAUGCCAUGCAGGACUUCUUUCCCAGCAUGGCAAUGAAAGCCAACCCACAGUGUGAUGACAGACACUGUAGACGACAACAGGAGGAAUUCAAGAUAAAAGAGGCAGAGCGUCCAAAACAGGAAGUGGUACAGGAAGAAGAGGAAGUGGUACACGAGGAUAACGAAUGGGGCAUUGAGGUGGUGUCAGAGGUCUCAGAGGCGGAGCUUCAGGCUGCAUCAGGACCGGUACCAGAUCUACCAGAGGGAAUUACUGUAGCCUACACUAUACCUGAAAAACAGGAUGGAGAAUCGGGGGAAACGGUGGAGGAAACGGAUCAGAGCCUGGAGGAGCUCAUGGCUCAGAUGAGGAAGAUGUAGAGAGAAAUAAACUUAAAUCUCAACCCAUAAACUCUUUCACAGACCCGACAUACCCAUGAUAUUUUGAGCUUACAAAACAAACUACUAUUACUUAUUAUUUUGUACUCGUGUACAUGUAUUAUCAGAGGUGUUAUACAAAACAAGAUCUCUUAUAGUUUUUGAUUGUCUAUCCAAAACCAUCUGGAAUGCUCUUCAGUAUAAAGGUUUCAGUUAGAAACAUUGUCAUGGACAGAUUAAUAAUAAUUUUCUGAAUGGUUAUUUAUUAUUAACUGUGCAGUUAGCAAGAAAUGCAAGUGACCAAUUAUGUUGACACACUUAUAUAUGUUAACAGUCAUCUGUAAGGGCUUACAGACACCCAGAUUGUUUUCAAUCAAAGCAUUUUCACACAUUUCAUCAACUUGUUAAUGACUACUGUAUAGAAUGAUGUAAUGCUUAUUUGAAUAAAUUUAUUACGGUUACAUUACA